AUGGCUGCAUCAGUUGUUGGAGGAGCUUUCCUCUCUUCGUUUCUCAAUGUUCUUUUCGACAGGCUGUCUGAUCCUGAGAUCAUCAACAUGAUGCGAGGAAAGAAGGUUGACCAGAAGCUGCUUCAAAAGCUGAAGACCAUUCUAAACGUGGUUGAAGCUGUGCUGAAUGAUGCUGAGAAGAAACAGAUCACUGACUCUGCUGUCAAGAGGUGGCUCGAAGAUCUCCAAGAUGCUGUCUAUGAUGCUGAUGACUUGUUGGAUGAAGUCGCCACCAAAGCUGCGACUCAGAAGGAUCCACCAGGAUUGAAGUUUAAUGUUAGAGCAUGGGUUUGUGUUGGGGAAGAAUUUGAUGUUCUUAAAGUGACAAAGACUGUAAUAGAGGAAAUAACUACUAGUCCCUGUGAUAUGAAUAGCUUAAACUCAGCUCAACAACAUUUAAGGAGUAAGCUAACAGGGAUGAAAUUCUUGGUUGUUUUGGAUGACUUUUGGAGUAACAAUUACACAGCUUGGGCAAAUUUUCUGAUUCCUUUUAGAUGUGGAAGUGAGGGGAGUAAGAUCCUUGUGACAACUCGUAGCGAAAAGAUUGCAAACAUGGUGAAAGGUUUUCAUUAUCAAGCCUAUAAUUUGAGUGCGUUGAAUGAUGAAGAUUGUUGGGUAGUGUUUGCAAAUCAUGCAUUUCUUUCUGGAGAGCGUCUAGCUUUUGAAAAAGUUGCCAGAGAGAUUGUUAAAAAGUGCAAGGGAUUACCUCUAGCUGCUCAAGCACUUGGGAGCUUAUUAAGGUCCAAAGAUAAUGAAAAGGAUUGGAAAAAUGUUUUGAACAGUGAAAUUUGGGAAUUUUCUGAAGAGGAAAUUGAAAUUAUUCCUGCUUUGAGGAUCAGUUAUUACCACCUUCCUUCGCACUUAAAACGUUGUUUUGUUUAUUGUUCUUUGUAUCCCAAAGACUAUGAAUUUGAUAGAGAUGAAUUGGUGUUAUUGUGGAUGGCCGAGGGUCUUUUGCAACAGCCGAGGGGGGGAAGCACUUUAGAAGAAGUUGGCUAUGAGUAUUUUAGUGAUUUAGCAUCAAGAUCAUUUUUUCAACCUUCUCAUAAUGCUUAUGAAACUUCAUUUGUAAUGCACGAUCUCAUGCAUGAUUUAGCAACAUUCUAUGGUGAAAAGUUCUAUUUUAGAACCUUUGAAGUCAAGAAUGUACUCAAGCACGAUAUCAAAACUCGUCAUUUGUCAUAUGUUUUGCACAACAAGGAUUCAGUCUCAAAGAUCCUGGAAGUAUGUGAUAGUUUAAAGCAUGCAAGGACAUUGCUGCAAGUCAAUUUGGAUGCAUAUCAUGAAUUCUCAGAGGGAGUAGUAGUUCCUUGUGACUUACUAGAACAAUUGAAGUGCUUACGAGUUUUGUCAUUUAAAAUUUUUUCAGAUGAUGAAAACUUGUUGCAUCGUUCAAUUGGUGAAUUGAUCCAUUUGUGUUAUUUGGAUCUUUCAGACACAUCCAUGGUGACUUUGCCCGAGUCUUUAAGUUGCUUGUACAAUUUACAAACCUUGAAGUUGAGAAACUGUAGAAAUCUUAAAAAGCUUCCUAGCAAGAUGCAAAAUCUUGUGAAUUUGCGUCAUCUUGAUAUUUUUGGCUCUAUUUCGGUGGAAGAGAUGCCAAAAAAGAUGAGCAAAUUAAAAGAUUUGCAAUUUUUAAGUGACUAUAUUGCGGGCAAACAUGAAGAGAAUGGGUUCGUAGAAUUGGGAGAGCUAGCACAUCUUCAUGGCUCAUUUUGUCUUAAGAAACUAGAGAAUGUUAAGAAUAGUGUUGAAGCAUCGAAUGCAAGGAUGGAUGAAAAAAUACACCUGAAUGCUUUGGAGUUGUGGUGGUCAUCAUUUGAAAAAAGUGAGGUUUGUGAUUCCCAAAGUGAAAAAGAUGUACUUGACAAAUUACGUCCUCACAAAGACUUGAAGAUGCUAAGCUUAUGGGGUUACAGAGGUACGAUGUUUCCGGAUUGGGUAGGGCAGUGUUCGUACCACAACAUGACUUCGUUGGAGAUGAGGGGAUGCAGGAAUUGUUGGGUGCUUCCUUCACUUGGACAGUUACCCGCUCUAACGAGAUUGGAGAUUUCAGGAUUUGAUAUGGUGAAGAAGAUUGGUGGGUCAUUCUAUAAGGGUGAUGGAACUCAUCAGCAUCAGGAGACACCCUUCCGAUCCCUUAAAUCUCUGCAUUUUGAUGAUAUGCGUUGCUGGGAGGAAUGGGAGUCAUAUGAAUGUGAUGAUGAUGAUGAUGCACCAUUUCCGAAACUUGAGACACUUGAGAUAUGGGAUUGUCCUAAGUUAAGAGGAGAUUUGCCCACUUUCCUUCCGUCUUUGAAAUCACUCCACAUUAGAGGAUGCGAGGAGAUUGGUUGUUAUCUGCCAAGAGCUCCCAUGAUACGCUCAUUAAUAAUAUCUGGCAAACAGGAAGCAAGAAUGCGGGAGCUACCACUUUCCAUGUUGGAGAGACUAUGGGUUAAUGGAGAGCAGCAGGUGGAGUAUGUGUUUGAGGCCAUGACCCACACCCAACCAACCUCUCUCAAAGAGCUAGGCAUCUCAAAUUGCUCAUCAGCCAUAUCAUUUCCAGGAGAUGCUUUGCCCCCUUCAUUGAAACAGUUGCGGAUCAAUAACUGCAAGAAUGUAGAAUUCCCAAUGCAACACCAACAACAUCACUCACUAACGAGUCUUCAAAUAGACAACAGCUUCGAUUCACUUAGAUCCUUCGCGUUGCCAGCGUUCCCAACUCUUUGCUUACUGAGAAUGGCAAGAUGUGAAAAUUUGACAUCUCUGGAGGUGUCACAGUCACAGUCCCUCCUAUACUUAACAAUUUCAGGUUGCCCUAAGCUGGAGAACAUAAUAAGGCUGCCUGCCUCUUUAAGUGCACUCAGAAUCUUCGAAUGUCCAUUGUUGGGUGAAGUCAUAGAGAGGAAGGACCCCCACAUUUGGCCAUCCAUUUCCCACAUCCCUGAAAUAUAUGUUGAUAGGAGACGGAUUGGCAAUGACUCAACAUCUUAAAGCGGAAAACACAAAACUGAUUCCUCUCUUUUCAUACUGUUCAUCACCACUCUACUCAAUGCCUACUUUUGGGAACUUAUAGUAUGGGUAUACAAUUUCCAUUUUGGUCUUUUUUUUCCCUAAUUUCUUCUUCUUUGUUCUUCAUGUAUAGGGACAUUGAAUGAUUCUACUGGGACUUAUCAAUUUAAUGCAGUUCGGUUGUGCACCUCCGUUCUUGUAAGGAUGCUCCUCUGUCUCUAACAUCUCUCUAUUGAAGAUUGUUUUGUUAAUUCAAGGAUCAUACCUUGAGAAUGAUGAAAUCUUUCCCUUCCAUUUUUUACCU